AUGCAGCCAGGACCUGGGCCAGUGCCGAAGCUGCAGAAUCGCCUUGUCCCGUCCUCCCCUCGUCCUCAUUUGCCAGCCGAGCAAAGCAGGCCCUGGCACCCUCUCUCCUGCCCCCAGGAUGCCCACGACCGCCACCCUGUGACAAAGGGCUCACAGCCCCAGCACGCGGCUCAACCCAGUAGCCUGGCUCCUGCCCCUGGCACCCGGGAGGCCCCUCAACCUGCCAGGGGCCCCAGACCUCCCCGCUGCGGUGUGCCUGACCCCGCCCACAACCGACAGAAGCGGUUCGUGCUAUCUGGCGGGCGCUGGGAGAAGACAGACCUCACCUACAGGAUCCUCCGGUUCCCGUGGCAGCUGGUGCGGGAGCAGGUGCGGCAGACGGUGGCAGAGGCCCUACGGGUAUGGAGCGAGGUGACGCCACUCACCUUCACCGAGGUGCACGAGGGCCGAGCUGACAUCAUGAUCGACUUCACCAGGUACUGGCAUGGGGACAACCUGCCGUUUGACGGGCCUGGGGGCAUCCUGGCCCACGCCUUCUUCCCCAAGACUCACCGAGAAGGCGACGUCCACUUCGACUAUGACGAGACCUGGACUAUUGGGGACAACCAGGGCACGGACCUGCUGCAGGUGGCAGCCCACGAAUUCGGCCACGUGCUGGGGCUGCAGCACACCACGGCAGCGAAGGCGCUCAUGUCCCCUUUCUACAACUUCCGCUACCCACUGAGUCUCAGCCCGGACGACCGCAGGGGAAUCCAGCACCUCUACGGCCAGCCCCGGACAGCCCCCACUUCCGAGGCCCCGGUCUCGAGCCCCCGGGCUGGGAUGGACACCAACGAGAUUGCACCGCUGGAGCCGGAAGCUCCUCCCGAUGCCUGCGAGGCUUCCUUUGACGCUGUCUCCACCAUCCGCGGCGAGCUCUUCUUCUUCAAGGCGGGCUUCGUGUGGCGGCUGCGUGGGGGCCGGCUGCAGCCCGGUUACCCCGUGGUCGCCGUUCGCCACUGGCAGGGACUGCCCAGCUCUAUAGACGCGGCCUUCGAGGACGCUCAAGGCCACAUUUGGUUCUUUCAAGGUGCUCAGUACUGGGUGUACAACGGCGAAAAGCCAGUCCUGGGCCCCGCGCCUCUCUCUGAGCUGGGCCUGGUGGGGUCCCCGGUCCACGCCGCCUUGGUCUGGGGUCCUGAGAAGAACAAGAUCUACUUCUUCCGAGGCGGGGACUACUGGCGUUUCCACCCCAGUACCCGACGUGUGGACAGCCCUGUGCCCCGCCGGGCCACCGACUGGCGAGGGGUGCCCUCUGAAAUUGAUGCAGCUUUCCAGGAUGCAGAUGGCUACGCCUACUUCCUGCGUGGUCGCCUAUACUGGAAGUUUGACCCCGUGAAGGUGAAGGCUCUGGAGGGCUUCCCCCGUCUCGUGGGCCCUGACUUCUUUGGCUGUGCUGAACCUGCCAACACUUUCCGCUGAUCAUGGCGGGCAUGUCCUCAGGGCACUGUCCCCUGCCAGGCCACUGACAUCAGGCUAGAGACCCACAGUCAUCUUUGCAGCUGUGGGCACCAGGCACGGGGCCAAGCUCGUGUCUCCUCAGGGGGGUGGAGAGGGGGGUACAACCACCGUGACAACUGCAGGGAAGGCCACGCGGGCCGUGGUCGCCUGCCAGCAGCCGUCUCAGACCGGACAGGGAGGUCUUGGGCAUUAAUAAGGGGUGAGGGAGGUCUUGGGCUGGCUCCAACCACUUGUAUAGGCCAUGGUCAAACCUGGCGGCCCUCAGUCUUCGUCCCUGUCCCUCAGGGGAGGACCUUGGCAUGGUGGGGGAGUGGGGUAUCCUUGCUCUGUCCCCGCUGUGUAGUUCCUUCCGGGAAGGAGCAGAGGUGCCAGGAGCCCCAUGGCUUUUUGCCCUGGCCCAGCAGCUGCACUGCGGGGCGGGGCCCUCUUCUAAGUCAGCUCUGGGUGGGAGAAUGGAUACGGCUGUCUUCUGGCUGGGGGCCCUGGAAAUCUGUUCCCCAGGAUCCAAGCCCAAAAUGCCACAGCCAGCUGGGGAGCCAGGGGGCUUCCUGGAGACCCCAAUAUACCUCAGUCCUGCCCCUGGCCAGAUCCUCUUGAAGCCCUCACCCCAGCACUGGUAUCCUCCAAAGCCAUGUAUAUGUGUGUACUGUGUGUAUAAAGCCUUUUGUUUAUUUCGUUUCGAUUUUUUAACUGAGGACUGUCAUUAAACAGUUGUUUUCUA